ACAUAAAAAGUUUACGUGUUUUAUUCCAGUUCGCCUAGUGAAGUAUAAAUAGCGGUACUUAUAAAACAAAAUAUUUAAAUGAUAAAAUUCUUUCAUAUUAUAUUAACAUUUCUAAUAAUAUUAUCAAAAAAAAAAUAUUUAAUAAAUAGUAGUUUUUAGUUUUGUCGUAGUUUACCGUACGGCAUUUGUAAUUUUAGACACUUUAAUCAGGUGAUUACUAACAAGUACGACGCGUUACGGAAUAAAAUAGAACUAAAUCGAAAGAAAACGAACACGAAUACGAACGCGUUGCGAGUUGCGAAUUUCAUCUUUUAAUAAAAUUUACAUUUGUUCAAAAAUUUAAACUAUCCUGAUUUCAAGAUUUAGGGAUAGCGAACGAUGUCCUCGAGUCUUUCUGCGCGACUUAAACAUCCCAAAAAGCACGAACUCUCGAAAUCGCACAGUCAGGCACAACUUUUAGCGAAUAAACUCCGCCAAGAUGGGGUACUAUCUACGGUGGAAGAUGUUUUGCAAGCGGUAGAUCAAGUCGCGGCAUUAUUGUCUUCGAAUUUAGCAGACAGUCAUCUUUCUUAUAAAGAGAGUGUUAUUAAUUUAUGCCAACAUCUUAAGGUAUACGGGGUGUAUUUGGAAAUAUUAUUUAAAGAGCAGCUCGAUCACGCGUUCAAGAUAUUUCGCGAUAAAGCUCAGGACGACAUCCAAGUCGAUGUGUUGUCUCGUCUCCAUUUGUUGGAAUUAAUCGAAUUGCGUGCUAAAGGAUGGAAAGGCACCGAGGGAAUGAAUUCCUAUUAUAAAAAGAAAAUUAACCAAUUCGGUAGUUCACAGGUAGAUAUGACCGAAUCUAUAUCUAGUUUGAACGAAUCUAUUGGUACAACUUUGACUUCCUCGCCCCCGCCAUUGUUAGGGCCGGGUGAAGUUUUGAAACCUUCGGGCAAAUUUACCAAACCUACCAGAAUACCUGGUAAGAAAUAUUGUAAAGACGAAGUUGUUAUCAGGAAUGCCGAUUCUGGGAAAGUCAAUCCUGGAGCUAAAGAACGAUUAGUUCAAAUUACCGGCGCUAACGAAGAAAGCAUCAAUCACGCGAAACAAUUGAUCGAAGAUACGAUACGGAGGAACGCUUCGCCUGUUAGAGAUCCAUCGAUAUCGACGAGCGUCGGUCCUCUGACGGGUUCCAGUUCGAGUAUCAAUUCUUCGGCAUCGGAUGAUAGCGCGUUGCCGAAUUCGGCGCGCGCAUCCCGCGCGUUGAUGCACAGCUUGAGCACCAACGACGCCAACUUGGGCGAAUACAAGUACACGGUCAUCGUCAACGGUUGCACCAUUAAAAUUACCGGGGAUAAUUUGGAUCUGGUUAGGACGAGUAAAUUAGUAUUGGAUGAAUAUUUUUCUGGUGAACCAAUCCACGACGUGGCGCAAUUUUACAGUUUUGACAGCUUACCACAACCUAUAAUAACCGAGGAAUUUCCAAUAACGCCCCUAUCGCCGCCGGAAUCUCUACCUUCGCCGGAGGCGGUACACAACGGACAGACCGAUGGAGAUAAAAUCAAAUUGCGAAAACCCCGACUCUCUAUAGAAGAGAUAAUCAAGAAUAAGGGUAACGCGAAUGUCGAAAGAGAAAAAGAGAAAGAAAAUACUCCGACGAAACCUUCGAAUCUGACGUAUUCAAUUGAAUUCUUGGCGAAUUUAGCCAUGUCUCCACUCUGUCUAACUCAACCGAUAGAAUGGGAAAGAAUACGUAACGAUUAUCCUACUUUAGUGAGAAACGUCGUUGAAUAUUUCGACGCGAAGACGUAUCUGUCGACGCGAACGACGGAACCGACGGGCGUCCUGAGCGCCGACGACGUCGAUCCUUUAGUUUUCGAAGUUUGACGUUGGAAACGUUUGAGCUCAAUGAAAAUAUGAUUUUGUGUGGUAGGAAAAUAUUUUCCGGCGUUUUUUUAUUUAGAAAUAUCGAUAUAUGUUUAUUGAAAGCGAAAAAAAAAUUUGAUAUAUUUGUAUUUUAUAAAAUAAUCCAGUGAAAAUAUGCUUUAGAUUAUUGUUGUUAUCAAUUUUUUUUGUCUUCUUAUAUAAUUGACUGAUUUUUAUUUAUUUUUCUUUUUUUUUUCCAAAUAGUAGGAUUUUUGAAAGCGGUGGUUUCGUAAAUAGUAUUAGCUUCCAUAUUGCGAACCGGCUCGUGUGAAACUACCUUAAUAAUUUUUUUCAAAUAAAUAUAUAGGUAACCACUGCUUUGUAGUGUCUCGACCAUAGAUAUUACUUAAUUGUUUUUUUUUCUUUGUGAUAAUUGUGAAAUAUAUUGGGUGUUCCUAAAAAUUAGUUUUUCCUAAUAUUUUAAUUUAUAUAAUAGGGACAACCAGUAUAGAAGGAUUUUUGUUAACAUUUAACAUUUUUUUUUUGUUUCUCAUUUAGUAGUUACUCAUUUUAAAUGAAUUUUUUUUAAAUAUUUAAAUAUUGUGUUAUGUAUUGAGAAUCUAUUUUGUUUUUUACUUUUCGUUUAUUCUUUUGUUUGUGAAAGUAGAUUUGUGAUUGUUUAUUGUGAAAUAUUUAAUGUUUUAAUGAGUUGUUUUUCUUUUCUAUACUUUUGUUUUUAUGUGUUCGUCAAUACUUUUAAAUAUAUUUAACAUAUUAAUAAAGUUUUUUUCUACA